AUGGUUUCAGGAGUUAAAGUGUCUGAUGAGUGUGUCUAUGAAUUUAAUAAAUUGAAAAUUAAGCAUUUACACAAAUAUAUAAUUUUUAGAAUUGAAAAUUGUGAAGAAGUUAUUGUUGAUUUAUUAGAACAAGACAUUGAAUUGAAAUCUUAUAGUGAUAUUAUAACUAAUAUUAAAAAUAAUUUAAAGACAACCGAAUGUAGAUACAUUAUUGCUGACAUCCCAGUUCCAACACCUGAAGGCGUAUUAAGAAAUAGGAUUUAUUUUAUUUUUUGGUCUCCAAGUUUAGCAAAAUCAAAAGAGAAAAUGUUAUAUGCAACAUCAAAAGAAUCUUUAGUGAGAAAAAUUAAUGGAAUUUUUAAAAGUUUAGAAAUUACUUGUGAUUUAGAAGAAUUUGAAGAAGAGUUAACAGGAAUAAUUUUAAAUACCUAA